GGGAUUUCUGGAACUCAGUGCUGGGUUACAGGACACUUAGAAGGCGGCUCUGUACUUUCCAUACACUAUAUGUCUUUGUAGAUACUUUGAAAGCUACAGUGCCUGUCCUCCUGUGUGUAAUUUCACCAGCUAACACACAACACUCCAGCAUGAAGCAGCUUAUGAGCAAAGUGGUCCUGUACCUCUCUAGCCUAUUACUGGCAGCCGUCCACGGGACUCAUUACAGGAUAUAUGGAUUCCAACCUCAAAGAAGAUACAUUUUUCCUCCAAUGGUUCAUGGCAGUGCUGUGUUGCCAGUGUCAAGACCUAGCGUGCUAGCCAGCCCACCCUACAUAGCCAGUCCUCGUCAUAAGCCAGAGCCUAGAACCAUCCCUGUCCAACCGCCAACAGGUAGGAUCACUUUAACCCUUUGUGUGCAACACGCGGCAAACCUCUGUGGUUGAUGAUCCAACGCCACAUGAGGGGGGGAAUUCAUUAAGGCAAACCAGGUGUUUUGGGUGCAAAGUGCUAAAUGUUGAGAGACAUUCUAUUGGUUUUCACGUUGGCUGGUCCUUAUUUAUAUUAUUAUUUAUGAUGGUACAUGAUGAUUGGUUCUUAUUUAUUUUAUUACUUACAGUGUUACAAAACUGCAUGUUCUCCUGUGUUCAUUUCUCUGACUUAUUAGGAUCGAGUUCAAAAAGCCUCCCAAUAUAUGACUAUAGGUCUUUUUUCUAAACAAGUGUUUGAUGGAAUCUUCAGAGAAAUUGGAGGUGUAUUUGCAACUUGGUCAGUUUGCUCUAAAUGUUGCCAGCGGCUUUUCAGCAUUGUCACAUCUCACUGUUUAGUAAAUAGGACCCAUUCGUUUCCCUUUUAACAUUCAGGGGCGUAUUCGCUAAACUCUGAAUUGUAGCAAACCGAAAUCCAGAUGGCAAAAUAUAGGAUAAUAUAGCUGAGCUGUGACUAACGCUGAGUUGUUGAAUUUUUCCAGAUAAACUUUUUUUUUCACAUAUGUUUUGCCAUUUCAAUCUUAAUUUACUACAAUUUUAGUAAAUAAACCCAACAGGUUUAUUCAAUACACUGUGAAUAAUCGGGAAUUCAAAGUGAAUUCAUCGAAAAUUUUAAAUCUUAAACCUAUCUGACUUGGAGAUUUUUUUAGCAGUUUGGCUUCUUUAAAAAACAAAAAAACAAAUCAGUUUUAAUUCUUGGAAAUCAAACUCUGACAAUUAUAUUCUUCUUUGUAUUAAUUAGAUAUGAGUUAUUUCUUUGUAAUGUAUCUAGUGUGUUAUUCCCUCCUACAAUGGUCACUGUCUUUCUCUGAAUCUGCACUAAAUAUAUUCUUCGGGAAUAAAAACUGCCACUAUUUUGAAGGUUUAAAUAUAUCUGGAACUCAAGGUAUCAAUAGAAUUCUGUAUCCGUACUAUCUGCAGCUGUAUACAGUCCCACGGUUUAGAAUCAAUGAGACAUUCUAUGUGUCAGUGCAAAUCCCAAGGGCUACAUUGUUCUGAUGACAAAGGUCACUUGACUUUUAGAUUAAAGGGAAACUAAAGGGACCAUUUUAUUAUAGUUAUUUAAGAGUAUAUCUCCGCCAUUUCAAUAAUUUGUUGAAUAAUUUGACACCCCCUCGAGAUGAGAAUAGGCCUUUUAAAAUAAUUUUAUUAAAGUUAUAAUGUUUUUCACAAAAAAUAAUAACGAAUAGGCAAACAUACUAUUCGGGGAAGGGAAACUUGGAAAUGGGAAAGGGGGGGUCCAUCCAUAGUAGUUAUCAUGUGAAAUAUUGUACAAAACAUAAGUUAUACAUCGUCGAGCUUAACAAAAGAUAUAUUCUAUAAGCAGUAUGUUUAUUAAUAUCUUCUUCCCAUUUAUCACAAGUAUGUUGAGCAGUAAGAUUUUUUUAAUGUCUUCUUCCCAUUUAACCAAAAUAUGGAAAUUUGCAAAAAAAUGUGUAUUUUUUCUAUAAGACAUUUCGUUUGCUUUACUAUCUAAAACCAUGAUCAAAAUGUAUUUACGUGUAGGUAAAGUUUUAGACUUCCAGUAUCGAGGUAGAUAUGAAGUAGCUGCGAUUAGGAUGUGGCAUAUUAUUAUUUUAUCGAUUUUCGUAACAUACUUUCUUAAAUAGUGCUAGCUCUUAUGUCGAGAUACUUAUAUCCUUGUGAGAAUAGUUCUGUUUAUAGAGGAAUACCUUAAUACACCUUCAGAAUAUACCACAAAAAAUGUUUUAGAAUUCUGUAGUAAUGAUCACAGACCAAACAGUUUCUGGUUUCCAACUGUUUUAUCUAUAAGCGGAAAGAAAGAUGACUGAUAUUAUUGUUCCUGCAUCAUGGUGAUGACACAGUUCUUCACUAAACCUGAAAUUUGGGGAAUUCACCAACUUUAGAAUUUUAAGCUAAAUAAGAAAAAAAAAAGUCCUUUAUGUUUUCAGCUCAGCUAUUUUCAUCUUAAAGGACCACUCUAGGCACCCUGACCACUUCAGCUUAAUGAAGUGGUCUGGGUGCCAGGUCCAGCUAGGCUUAACCCAUUUUUUCAUAAACAUAGCAGUUUCAGAGAAACUGCUAUGUUUAUGAAUGGGUUAAGCCUUCCCCUAUUUCCUCUAGCGGCUGUCUCAUUGACAGCCACUAGAGGCGCUUGCGUGCUUCUCACUGUGAUUUUAACAGUGAGAGCACGCCAGCGUCCAUAGGAAAGCAUUAUGAAUGCUUUCCUAUGUGACCGGCUGAAUGCGCGCGCAGCUCUUGCUGCGCGUGCGCAUUCAGCCGAUGGGGAGGAGAAGAGGAGGAUCGGAGGAGGAAAGCUCCCCGCCCAGCGCUGGAAAAAGGUAAGUUUUAACCCCUUUCCCCCUUCCAGAGCCGGGCGGGAGGGGGACCCUGAGGGUGGGGGCACCCUCAGGGCACUAUAGUGCCAGGAAAACUAGUAUGUUUUCCUGGCACUAUAGUGGUCCUUUAAGUUUGCAAUCCCAUUUCUGGACAAUUCACAGUGACGUGAAUAGCCCUGUGUUUUUUUUUAAAGAAAUUUCAUGAAUUUAAAAUAUGAUUUGCUAAUUAUAAUCCAAAAUACUCCAAACAAAAUUCCAAAAUACUCAAAAUAAAUUUUUCCAAAUCAUAUUCAAAACUUUGAAUUGAUAAAAUAUGGUUAUACAUUCACACUCACUCACUAGUUAGUGAAUAAUUCCCUAUUUUAACAUUUCCAUUAUUAUUCCAGGGGUCUGCGACCUUCGACAUUCCAGAUAGUUGGAUGGUGGUGUAGGGUAGAUUAGGCUAAUCCAGUGGUUCCCAAACUUUUUAGGUUCAAGGCGCCCUUAACCCCUUAAGGACACAUGACGGAAAUAUUCCAUCAUGACUCCCUUUUAUUCCAGAAGUUGUGUCCUUAAGGGGUUAAUAUUUAAUUAGUGGGUUAAUAGCUGCUUGAUCCAAGGAGAUAUCUGAGUGUUAUUUUGGGACCAAGAAGGAAUUUUUUCCUAGUUUGUGGCAAAAUUGGAAGCGCUUCAGACUAGGUUUUUUGCCUUCUUUUGGAUCAACAGCAAACACAUAUGUGAGGAAGGCUGAACUUGAUGGACGCAAGUCUCUUUUCAGAUAUGUAACCAUGUAACUAUGUAAUUUCAAUAUUUUUUCAAGGCACCCUAAUUUAAAAAUUCUAGGCUGUAUAUCUGUACAGCGCUGCGGCAUUUACUGGCGCUAUAGUGUAAUGCACAGUGUUGGUGUUUGAAGGGGGUGCUUGUAUAUAGUUUUAGUGUUUUAAUAUAGGGGUGUGUUUGUAAUGUUUGCAUUUGAUUGGAGGGGUGUGUUUGAAUGUAAUGUUCACUUUUAAAUGCAGGUGUACAUUACUGUGAAGUAUUUAUGUUUGAUUGAAGGGGUGUGUUUGUAUAACCUUUUGGAGUUUGAAUGCAGGGCUGUGUGUUUGUAAUAUUUGUGUUAGAUUGCCAGAGUGUGUUUGUAUGUUGUGCUGAUGUAUCACUGCUUGUAUGUAUGCACAUACACUACCACAUACAAACUUACAUAGAUAUACAUACACACAAAUUUAUAUAGACACCGACACAUACACACAUGGAUACACACCGACAUAUGCACACACUAAAACAUACCUUAACACAUGCAUACACCAACACAUACACACACGCACCCUGACGCACACAUCAUGAUACAGAUACACACACUGACAUAAAAACACACACAAUAAUACACAGAUGCAUAUCCUGACACACAGAUGUGUGCGCACACACAGACAAACACUGACACAGAAGCACACUGACAUAUAUACACACACAGAUGCACAACCUGACACACACACCCACAUGCACACUGUAACAAAGCUUCCUGUACCCCGGCUGGGUACAUUCACCAAGGACCGCUUCCUAGCUGGAACAAGGGAAAAAUCCCAGUGCUUCUGCCCCCAAUCGCCGUGGCUUGACUGGGGUCCUGGAGCCUCUCCAUCAUGGAAACGAAUCGGACUAGCUCUAUCCACUCCCAGGGACUGGACGACACUCAGUCUUGGGAGCUCUAGUCUUACAAGGACUUUCCCAGCAGAAUCCUCCACACUGGAACAAGCUAGAACAUCGAUUAGCCCUUUCCCCUCCCAGUAACCAGACAACACAUAGUUCUGGGAGUACAAACUGGAAUGCUUUCAUCUGACCAGAUAGCCUGCUUUUAUACAAUAUCCCCUACCAGGGGUCUCCCACACAAAACAACAGGGUAAUCCCUCCCCUGUGCCUGAGAGAUAAUUGAGUCAGGAACUGUACAAAUUCAAUUAUCUCUAGGCACAGAAAACACACAUUUUACAAACAAACACACAUUUUACAAAGAGUCACAUCCUCAGAUAGCCAACAUAUCCAAAAAUACACCCAGAUCGGUUUGGUGGUUCGGGAGUUCCAUGGAAGUCAACUUUUGACCACUUUUGAAAGUGGAGCUAUUUGAAAAGUGGAGAAAAAUUCAAAAUGUGAUCUCCCAGGAAACCAAUUGUAUCAGUAGGAACAAUGCAUGGUUUCCAUGGUGAUUGCCACAUUUUUAAAACUUUGCCCCACUUAUUUAUUUGCUGUGUAUUCAAAAAUCUUCCAAAUUUGAGACUGAUAUUUUUUUAAUAAUUUAGAUAACACAUGUUCCAAUCAAUCAUGGUUCCCCAAGGCCAUUUGAAUACCACUAUGAAAUAUACAAUUUUUAAAUAAAUAAAUAAAAGGGACAGUCCACUGCCCAAAUACAAAAUAAAUAAAAAUCACUGUUUAGUAGAUAUACCCAAAUUAAAACUUGUAUGCAUUUAAUUAUGGAUUUUUGGUGGAGUAUAUCUAAAAAACUGCUUGCAAAACCUGCAGUUCUCUUGUCUGCUGCCUUUGCAAGCCCUCCCCUUCUAACCCCGCCCAGACUUUGUGACUGUUUAAUCACAGACUUCCCAAUGCAGCUCAAUUAGAAGUCUUUGCAAGGCAGGUGCUCUGGGCAAUAAUUGUGCAAGAGUUCAGUGCAAAUAAACUAACCAAACCAGGAAGUAACAGUAUCUGUUGUCUGCUUGAAAAGUCAGGGGGCGUAACCAGUAUAUUAUAUUUUAUAAAAGCAUCUCUUUCUAUUGAAAUCUGCACUUUGUAAAAUGGAAAAAAAAAUAGGACACACUUUUCACACAUAACGCUUUUCAGCAAACUAAAAUGCUUUAGGAGUCUGGAGUGUUCUUUUAAGGUAACAGUUUGGGCACAUAACUUCAAAAUUAAGUUGUUAUGGUGCCAGGAGGAUCCUGGCGCUUCAUUACCAUUAGUAGUUAAACCAUGAAUCAUGAAUGGUUAAACCCCAAAAUUGGAUCUCCAGCACCAUUCCUCUGUCCCUGUCCACGUCUGGUCUGUGAAAUUCUGUGUAUAAAAUAUGACUAUAUAACACCUGUGUGUGGCAAACAUUUUGGCUCGCCCUAAUCGAUUCAUCUGGAAACAAUUUUGGUUUUAACAAACCAAAUUUUUUCCAUAUGGUGUUUCAGAUAAAUCGCUACUUGUCCAAAAUUAAGUAAUAAUUCAUGAGAACUAAUGCUCUAAGCCAGUCAGUAGCUCCUCAUUUAUAAAAAAAAAAAGGUGGAGAGCUACUGAUUACCUUAGAGCAUCAGCUGACCCCUCUAAGCCAAUCAACAGCGCUCCUGUCCCGCUGGCAGUCCGUGACUUACUGAUUUUGUGAAACCAGAUGUGGACAGGGACAGCGUGGAAUGACACUGAAAAAACAAAUUUGGGGUUAAAGCGCUCUGAAAUGGUUAAACCCCUCACGGUAAGCAAGCACCAGGGACCUUCUGGCACCAUAACAACUUCAUUACAAAUUACAAAAUGGGCUUCCGUAGCAAGUCUAAAGGAUAUUACCUCUUAGUAUUACUGCAGCAGCUGUUCCGCCUGCUCUUACAUCAUCAGUGAUGAUAAUCUUCGGCCAACCCAAUGCUUCUCAUUGAGAGCAUGCAGCAAUCCCACCCUUACACAGAAGACUUGUUUCAAAUGAAUUGCAAUGUAAUUCUGGGUGUUCACUGAUUCAUCUGAAUUCCGCAACUCUGAAACACCACAUGGAAGAAAUUCGGUUUGUCUUAAAAAAAUUUCCCUGACAAAUUGUUUUGUCGAGCCAGUUUGUUUUUGCUGUGUACAGGUCUCAUACACAAUAUCUAAAGCUUGCACAUAGCAUUCGCACCCUGCAAACAACGUUUUACACACAGAAAUCACAACCAGCAAACUAUAUUCAGGCCUUACCCACAGCAUUCAAUUACAGCACUAAGAUACUGCUGACCUCAUUCUGAAUACAAUGUAUUAUUGGGGAGGGGGGGAUGCAGCCUGAAAUUUCUUUGCCGGCAAGCACCUGACACGUAAAGCUGGCCAUUGUUAUUUUGUGAAUUUUAAGAUACGUUAUGUUUAUUUCAUGUAAAGUAUUACAAUUCGUUUUUGUUAGCGUAUAAGAAAUAUAAAAUAAUUCAUUUCAUAUAACUAAACAUUUGAUUGGCCGCUGCAUUCUGAUUGGCCGCCGGGUAUUUUACAGAAUCUAACUAAAACUGAUAUCAUGGCUACAUGACAAUAAACUAAUGGAAGCUCCCUGUCUGUCAGAAAAAUGCAGACAAACUGGAUCAUUAAAUAAAAAGUAAAAGCAGGUAUGUUUGUGAACAUAUAUAUAUUGUCAUAUAUUCGCUGUUUUGUAUAAACUGAACUUAAUUUUUAGAAUCACAAUGUCUCUAAAUCUUCUUAAAGGGGAGUUGUCACAUUUCUACAUUUGAUGUUUUUAUGCAUACAUGUUUUUUUUCCAAUGACUGUUGCACGAGUUUCCUUGUUGUUGUGUGGCUUGUCAUUUUGGGAAAAAAAGCUGAUCAGUUAGUAAAAAUGUGGCUUUGAUUACACUGGUAACUUCGGGGGUUAGUGGACAUAGUCCUCAGUUAGUUUGCCUUAUAUAAAAUGCAUAUCAACUUCAGUAGCAACUACGGCGCAAAUAAUACAAUUUCUUAUAAUGUGCUCAGCCCCAGGCCCUAUAUUUUGAACAUGAUAUGGCAUGAAUAUGGUUAAAUCAUUGGGGUGGGAUUUCUAUGCCCUGUUUAACUGUUUGGUAAAAUAAAGACCAUUUAAUAGUAUGAGUCCUGCGACACAUUAGGAAUUGUCUGGAUAACAGGUGCUCCAGGUCUUACUUUACUGUAAUAAAUACAGGAGAGCUUUCACUUUUCUAAUUUGGUCCAAGGAGUGGUUUAUUUAGGGAUAUUUUUACUCAUCCUUUCAUUCGUGGAUGUCCGAUGAUCUCGUUAUUGAUUACUCCUCCCUUAAACAGAUAAAUAUCUAAACAGUCAGAAGAAGUGACUAACACAUGAAGACAUGUGUCAAAUUUGUGUCCAUCCGUGAGAAUAGGAUUAGUAAUACCGGUGUAACGUGAUACCAGGACUUGCACAUUCUUUUUAUCUGACAGAGGGAAUUAAUAUGUUGUUUCUAUGUUUCUAUUAUUGUUACACACAAUAAAAUGAUUAUAAACCUGGUGCCCAUCCAGUUUACAUGGUUAAAGGAACACUCCCCACCAAUAUCCAUUUAGAAUCAAAUUGUUACUGUUGUCCGUAACCCUUCCUUGAACUGCAGUGCAGAUAGGAAAAUUAGAAUUAGCUUCAGAAUUUCCAUCUUUAAUUAUCUUUUCUUCAGCCUCAAAAAAGGCCACCUUAGUGACCCCCCUCCAGUUUAUAUUUUACAGACUCAACAUACCGCAACUGACUGCCCAUUUUAAAGCAGAUGUGCCUCCUCCUGUAGCAUGGGAGAUGGGUAGAGAAUGGGAUGUAUUUUCCCCCACUUUGUAUAUGGUGGCUAGCUAGUAAAUCUGGCUGAAAUCUGGAUGCAAUUUUGGCUCAUUCAUAGCUAGAACUCCAAAAUCCAGACAUUGUUAUACAGUGAAUGAUGUAAAGAUUUAACAGUCUAGUUGGCCCCAUACAUAACAAGACGGUUUCCCCCCAUUCAGUACAGGAUCAUUCAGACCAGAUUCUAUCUUAGCAUUCAUGAUGUUAACUUACUUUGUCUUUCCACCAGCUGAGUCAGGGUGGGGGUCUAGAACCCCAGCGGGCCAACUGGUCUCCUGGUCCCCAUAACCUGGCCAGCUUCCUGGCUGCUGCAACGGCAGUCCAGAGAUUUCGUCUUAGUAUUUCUGAUGCAUGCUGUUUCCUUCACUUUACCAGCUGAGCCUCAGUGAGACUCAAGAACACUAGGUUAGGUGGUGAGCCAGCUGGUCUCCAUGUAUCCAUGUGCCAGCCAGUUUCCUGGCUGCAGUGAUGGCAGUGCAGAUAUUCCGUCUUAGUACUUUUGACUGAUGCUGUUUCCUUUACUCCAAGGGCUGAGCCUUGGUAAAGCUUGAGAAUAUUAGGCGGUGGGCCAACAAAAGAGGGUCUGACACAGUGGUUAAUGAAAAUAACACCUAGGUUUGUUGAACUUAUACUCAUUUCAACACCUGCUACCGGAAUUAGUUUCAUUUGCAACUCCUUUUGUUAUGCUAAUUUCUGAUGCAUUGCUUACCUCUCUGAAGGAGAUUGAAGGAAAUCAAAAACUCAGGAACCUCCAAGAAUUUUGGUUGUAUGAUAAACUGUUAUCCAUUGCCACGCAGGUGCCACUAAUCCACUGUGGACUUUUGUGAAGUAUUUGGUUGUUUCUUUUGAAUUUGUACUACUUACCACAUGUUUGUAUAAUAAUUAUCAUUGCGUUUGAAUUGUCAUAAAAAUGACUCCUAUAUGUAUAUAGUGAGUUAAUUCCCACUGCUAUCUUCACAGACACAGCCUGCAAGAGUCGACCUAUGGACCUGGUGUUUAUCAUUGACAGUUCCCGCAGUGUCCGUCCUCAGGAGUUUGAGAAGGUCAAGGUUUUUCUGUCUAACAUGAUUGACACAAUUGACAUGGGCGAGAAAGCCACUCGCGUGGCCGUGGUAAAUUAUGCCAGCACUGUGAAAAUAGAAUUCUUCCUCAAGACAUAUUUCGCUAAAGCAGCAAUGAAAAUUGCUAUUUCUAAGAUCAGCCCUCUGUCUACAGGCACCAUGACCGGACUUGCUAUACAGACUGCUCUUGAAGAGGCGUUUACUGAAGCAUCAGGAGCACGCCACCCAUCGCUCAACAUUCCAAAAGUUGCCUUUAUUGUAACGGAUGGACGACCUCAAGACAAAGUCCAGGACAUUUCUGUGAGAGCACGGGCUGCGGGGAUAGAGAUGUAUGCUGUUGGAGUGGACAGGGCAGAUAUGCAGUCUCUUAAGCUUAUGGCCAGUGAACCUUUAGAUGAUCAUGUCUUUUAUGUGGAGACUUACGGUGUCAUUGAAAAGCUGACAUCCAAGUUUAAGGAGACACUGUGUGGUACGUUUUUAUCGACCUAUAACUACAAUGGUAUAUCAUAACAUAAUAAACAAAAACUACACUGAUCAUGCCUCAAUGCCAGACAAACAUAAUGCCAAAUGUACAUAUCCACCAUUAAACACACAAUUUCCAUGCUCACACACAAAAUAAUUUAUAUCUAGCUUUGUUUGUAUCUGUGCUGUGGGUUGCAAGCUUAAGGCUAUAAACCAUUUACAUGGCUUCCUUAAAGCUCUGCGAGGAAAUGAUCUGACAUCAUUUCUUCCCAAUGCUGUCAGUCACGAGGAGGAUGGGGGCUGUCACUACAAGGCGAAUCCGAUCCUCUGCCAAAGCACAAUGUAGGCUGGUUAGGAGAGAUUUGUAUCUCAUUAACCAAACCAUGUCACUUCAGAGUAACUCAUGCAGGCACCAGAGCACGGUCGAGCCUAUUAAUUGUGUAUUAGCUGUACCCCAAAAAUGUUGGCCCUGCACCCCAUACCCAUAAGCAAGUGCUUUACAUGUGACUUAUUGAGCAGCUGCUUCUUUGCUUUAUCUCUGCUAUCUCUGAUUAUGAUCUGGUUCUGUUUUUAUUAAUUUAUGUAUAAUUAUUUAUUGUACCGGAUGCAGAUUGGUUUGGCUUUUUGUGUCCUGGCACAACAUGUAUCUCAUGGCUGGAAUGAAAUGUCCACUAACAUUGCAGCUUACACAAUAAUUAGCAUUUAUGUAAUAUACAUUUAUGUGACCUACAUCUUUUCCAUACUGCCCUGUGUACAUUGGAGAAGCCAAACAUCUUUACCAUGCAGCCCACUGAGAACAUGAGAUAGAUGGUAGAUCUAUGAGAAAGUUUAAUUAAGAACACAUGUUACUAUAUAAAAUUGUGCAGAUCAUCUACAGCAGAGAGAGACCUUUUACAUUCAUGUUUCCUUUAUUAUUUAAUUCCAUAACAGGCAUAGACUUUUGUGCGCCGGGAAGACAUGAUUGUGAGCAUACAUGUGUAGCAACUGAUGCAUCCUAUUAUUGCAAGUGUCACGAUGGCUACAAACUGAAUCCAGACAAGAAGACAUGUUCACGUAAAGGUAAAUUAGUGGUGUUGUUUCACAGCUAUGGAACACAAUGGUUACAGCUUUGACACAUGUCAAUCAAUCACAAAUGCACUUUGUGAGUUGAGAUGACGUGUAACUACCAUGGUUCAUGUCAUGUUUCCAUUGCAUGCAUACCUUUUAAACUAAGCUCACAUGUUCUCUCCAUGCUUUCAUCCUUACUCUGAACAGUCACAAAGCAGUUUUCUCUAUGAUGUCCUUCUUGUUCCCCAAAAUGAUACAACUCUUUUACGUCUGACAGUGUGACUGGCUCAAACCUACACUUUGCUCAUCGGUCCUCUCCUGUGGUGGCUUGAUAGCUGCCAAUCCAUGCCCUCACAGACAGGCAGAGAAGGGAUACUUCAUGUGCUUUGAAACAAACAAAAAAAAAUACAAUUUAAAUAACAUUUCUGAAAGCAACUCAUGUAAGAGUAUAGAUUUAACCCAGUGAAGGCUUGCAAUAGUGGCAAGUUUUACUCAUGCCUCUGUGUUGGUGGGAUAAGCCUGCUGUUAAAUGGUAUAGUGACGAGAAUGGUGAGGUAAAGAUUAAGGGAAAGGAGAAAAGUAAAGGAAAGAGGAGAGAAACAGAGAAGUAAGGGAGCAGCAGCACGCCAAUUUGAAAUUCGGGGGUGGGGGUGGUAGAAGAUGGGGAAAGAGUGCUCAGUGCACAGUAAAGUGACAUUAUCAGACCAAGUUACUUUAAAAUCCAAUACUGGCUGACCCAAGGUGUAUGUUUGUUUAUGGCUGAAGUAGCCUGUCUUAUACAAAUGGUAGGGAGGAGUUUCUCAUUUUCUUUUUUUUUUGCAUUUGCUUAAUUUAACAAAGAAUAUAAGAAUAUAUAUUUUUUCCUUUUGCAACUUGUUGAAACGGUCAUUAUGUUAAAAAACAAUGAGUGUGCAUAUGACUUUACUCAUCUCGCAAGCAUUCCUGACUUUCACUUACAAAUGACAAUGACAAUUUUAACAAACAUGUCCUGUUCUUAUAUUACAGAAGAGGUUCGGAAAAUUGUUGAAAAAGAAGAUCCCUGUAAAUGUGAAGCACUCGUUGAAUUCCAGAGAAAGGUCAACACAUACAUCAAUUCUCUGACUACAAAACAUAUCCUUUAACUUCGGUGAAAUUCUUAACUCACUGUUAAAAUCUGUAGGAGUUUUGGUUAUUAACUGGCCUUUGGAAAGUAGAAGAAAAACAUUUGACAGGCUGUUGUGGGCAUGGUGGCAGGAAUCCCCAGCACUGUCUUUCUAUAAAGGUCAAACGGGAUUUGGGUAACGUGGCCCCUCUUCAUAGGUAUAUUGGGAGCAAAUACUUCUGCAUUAGCAAUAUCAACCGUGUCUGUCAUUGGAUGGAAUUCACUGUCUAAAAGUGUUAGUUGUAGUGGUUAUGGUACCUUGAGUGACUCUUUAAGCAGUUCUAAAAGUAAUACUAAGAGAUAUUUAUUCACCAAACAGUCCAUCAUUGGGUUCUUGGAGCCAACUUGCAACGUCAAUCAGAGGAGCAUGAUUUGCUUUGCGAAAAUAUUUGAAAUUAAGCAGUGUACAUGUAUGAAUUCCUUUAUAAAAAAAAUACCUGAUCAUCACUUUUAAAUAGCCCCAAAACCAGAAGCACCGCAUCACGUGAAAUAAUAAAAAGUCCAUGGCAAAAAUGUAUAUGAACAAAAUAUUGAAUUUUGUGAUUUAAACAUGAAACACCAUCCUUUCUGUCAUGCAAGUCUUAUUACUAUUCUUUUAUCUUUUGUUUGUUACUAGCCUUCAUGCAAUUAAAGUAAAAAAAAA